AUGAAAGCCAACUUGCAUCAGCAUCCUAUGAUACGACCGUCAAAAUUUGGGAUCUGGACACCGGCCAAUGGAGGCCAACUCGCAUCGGCGUCUAGUGACAAGACUAUUAUUAUCUGGGAUCUAACAACAGGCCGGUAUACUUCAACUCUUGAAGGGCAUAGCCAUUCGGUCACCUCAAUCACCUGGUCCCAUAAUGGAAGCCGACUCGCAUCAGCGUCCAAGGAUAACACCGUUAGGAUGUGGGAUCCGGCUACCGGCCAGUGUAUGUCGACCCUUAAGGGACAUGGCCGUUCGGUCACCUCUAUUGCCUGGUUGCAAGAUGAAAGCCGUCUUGCAUCAGCGUCAGAUGAUAGCACCGUCAGGAUCUGGGAUCUAGCCACUGGCCAGUGCGCGUCAAUCCUCAAGGGACAUAGCGACUCAGUCCACUCGGUCGCCUGGUCACCAGAUAGAAGCCAACUUGCAACAGCGUCCAGUGAUAAGACUAUCAGGAUAUGGGACCCAGCCGCUGGCCAGUGCACAUCAACCCUCAAAAGGCAUAGUAGUUCGGUCUACUCGAUUACCUGGUCCCAAGAUGGAAGCCAACUCGCAUCAGUGUCAGAUGAUAAUACCGUCAGAAUCUGGGAUCCUGCCACCGGCCGAUGCGCGUCAACCCUUAAGGGACAUAAUCAUUUGGUCACGUCGAUUUCCUGGUUACAAGAUGGAAGCCGACUUGCAUCAGCGUCCUAUGAUAAGACCGUCAGAAUCUGGGAUCUGACCACGGGCCAGUGCGCGUUUAACCUUGAGGGGCAUAGCGGUGAAGUCCACUCGAUUGCCUGGUCGCAAGAUCAAGGCCGACUUGCAUCAGGGUCAGAUGACAAGACUAUCAGGAUUUGGGAUCUAGCCACCGGGGAGUGUGCGUUAAUCCUUGAGGGACAUAGUGGUUCGGUCCACUCGAUCGCCUGGUCGCGAGAUGGAAGCCGACUCGCAUCGGCAUCUUUUGAUGACACUGUCAGGAUCUGGGAUUUGACCACCGGCCAGUGCGCGUUAAACCUUGAGGGGCAUAGCAAUUUCGUCCGCUCAGUUAUCUGGUCGCAAGAUCAAGGCCGACUUGCAUCAGGGUCAGAUGACAAGACUAUCAGGAUUUGGGAUCUAGCCACCGGGGAGUUUCAAAAUACUCAUUACUUCAGCGGCUACCAUUUGAUCCCGAAUUUACGGGGCAAAAUGGCAGCUGUUGGAAUUCCGCGCCCGAACCGUGGUUCUGCACCUGCGGACCGCGGGGAAAAUCAAAAUUUCGCAGUGCCAAGACCUACCAAAAACACCGUCAACAACAAACACGCUAAAAUGGACCAGCUGAUAGCUGCGGCGAACGCGGUUAUUCGCCAUAUGGAGAAUACUGGUCAAGAUGAGCCCAUCGUGACGCGGUUCGCCAUCACCGUCCGCCAAUUCGCCGAGGAGGCAAAGAAGGGUAGCAGCGGCGCUCAGGGAGAGAUGGCCACGGUGAUCUCCACUCUUGAAGCCAUUGCCGCUGACACCCAACGCUUGAAUACUAGAAUUGAUAGCCUUGAGAAGUCAGCUAGCUCGUCUGUAACAUCCACUUCGACCCUGUCGUCCACAGACCGCUGGAAAGCCUUCCGGGCGGGUGCCUGGCGCACGACUCCGGCCGAUCCCCCCAUUAAUCGCAGCGACGGCACGGCGUCGCCGGGUGUGACCGAGGUCGAGCUCCGUGAGGACCGCUCCAUAACGGUUAAGGUGGACCCGACGUGCCGGGAUAAGGUGCGGCAAAUGGAGGCAAAGACGAUUGUGGACAGAGCCGAGCAGCUGCGGGAAAAGCAAGCCAGGAAGAGGAUUUCGGCUGCGCUGGCUGGAAAUGCGUACUUCUGCGCUGCCCGAGUGCUGCCGUCUGGUGACGUUUCGAUGCUGGUCAAUUCUGCUGCUGGUGCAGAGCUCCUCCGUCGUCACACGGACUGGGUGAGCCUGUUUGGCCGGGUAGCACGGAUUCAGAGCCCAUCCUGGGGCGUUGUGGUCCACGGUCUUCCAAUCCGGAGCUUCAAGCUCACACCUGAAUCAAGGGCAGGCUUGGUAAGCGAAAUUCAGCGGCAGAAUGCGUUGAACUGGGGUGGAAAGGCGGAAAUUAUGCACCUAGAUUGGCUUACCCGCCCGCGUGAGAACCAGCGUGAAGCGUCUGUCGUCAUGGAAUUCGACAAUCCGGCAGUUGCCAAUCAAGCGAUUGAUCAAGGUUUAUACUGGAAUUCGGAGGUUCAUUCCGUCGUCUUCUUCUGUCGUGACGGUAGGGUGAAGCUAUGCCGCAAGUGUCAAAAACCAGGACAUGUACAAUACCACUGCCCAAAUCGAAGCUUUGUAUGCGGUCACUGCGCUGACGAGCACCCGACCUGGGAGUGUCCGUCAGCCAGUGGCAGCCUAAUCCGUAUCAAGUGUGCUAACUGUUCCGGCUCUCAUCGGCCCACGAGCCUGGACUGUCCCGUCAAGCGGGAAGCCAAGGCUAAGGCUGAACGGAUUAGGGCUGAAUGCCCUCCAUAUCACCGUGUUCCACUGCAUCUCCGAGCUCCACGUGAGCCAGCAGCUCCAGCAGCUCCACCUCCACCCCCAGCAGCCUCUAUAUUCAACUUUAUGCAACCAACUGGGCUCGGCGAGUCAGUCCACGCGCCAGCGAGUCAGCCAGCGAGUCAGCCAGCCAGACAACCAGCCACCCAACCAGCGCCUCAACCAGCCAGCCAACCACGUGCUCGCGGACGACCCAAAGGCUCCAAAAACAAGUCCAAAACCUCCACUUUCAGCGACAAGAGCCUCCCAACUCAGCCUGAAUUAACCGAGAACGCGCUUUCCAUCACCAAGGUCGCCAGGAACUCCCGUUCGCAGCAGACCAUGCUCCAGGACCCUAUUUCCGACCCAGAACGUCUCUUGCAGCACAAAAAACGCCGCCUUGAGGCGCCCCAGGACGUUAUGGACGAAGACCAAGAGCUCCGAGCUCCAUCUCCAGUUCCAUCUCCAGCCCGUCCAAUCCUAGCUCGCCCAGCUCCCGCUCGUCCAGCUCCAGCUCGUCCAAUUCAUACCUCUCAAGCUCUUCUAUCUGAAUAUGCGGAAUUGAAGCAGAAAUUUGGAAUUCAAAGCAGCCCCGCACGCGAGCCUACACGGUUGAGACUCUUACCGCCGCAUCCACCGGCGCCAGCGCCCACAGAAGAGACCUUACCGAGCCAUGGCCUGCACUUCAGCGAUAUUAUCGACGCUGACGCAUAUCACUUCGGCAGCACGCCUCCAGAGCCAGAGCCGGAAGAUGAGUUCUUCCAUGAAGCCUCAGAAUACAGCGAACAAGACGACCACGACGAGACUAGUAGUAGUAGUAGUAGUAUUCAUUGA